AUGUCAACCCAGUACGCGUCUCUUCCGAAGAAAAGGCAUGAGAUUUGCUGGAUCAUACUGUGGCGCAAGAACUUCACUGCAGCAGGCAAACCUACAUUGGUUGAGUUUGGGUUGGACGGCAUCACCCAGGAAGAACCUACGACCAUGCUGUAUGAUUUCGAUGACGGCCAGCUUGAACAGCUGACAAGAGGUAUUGAGGCUCCAGUUUGUGAAUUUGUUUGA